GCUCAUCGAGUCUCGCUGUCGGUGAAUUGUUGUCAUUUUUCCCUAAGCGCUAGCUUUUAGCUAACAGCCCAUAAGAUGCUUCUCUUCAUCAGACUUUAAUCCAUCAGGAUGUUAGGAUGGAGUGUGGUCCAGUUCUGCCGGACAGCUUAGUUUUGGAGAUCUUCCUGCGUCUGCCCCACGAUGCCGUGCUGAGAGCAGGUCUGACAUGCAGACAGUGGCAGGCCGUCUCCAGAGAUGAGUUCCUGUGGAGGGAGCUGUUCUACAGCUACUACCGCAUUCCACGCUCCGUACCUCGACAUCCUUCGGCUGUGUCGUGGUACAGGGAGUUCAAGCGUUUGUUCGACUGCAUCCCCUGCGUGGAGGUUCAGACGCUGAGAGAGCACAGCGACCAAGUUCUCCACCUGGCUUUCUCUCACAGGGGCCACCGCUUCUCCUCCUGCUCCAAAGACUGCACAGUGAAGUUCUCCUUUUUUACGCAGCUAUGGGACACAGAGCGGCCCGAUGGGAACAUCUCGUUGGUGCACAGCGCCAGCAUGCGGCCGUUUAACUGGGGCUACACCCAGUUCUCCCAGUUCAACCCUGACGACAGCCUGCUGCUCGUGUCCGGCGUCUACCUGGGCCCGCAUCACUCCUCAUCUGGGGAAAUUGCUGUCAUCAGUAUGGAAAAUUACACGCUGUUGUCGCGAGUUCGAAACAAACCGUACGAUGUGUUUGGCUGCUGGCUGAACGAGACUCACCUGAUUUCUGGGAACCUGCACUGGAUCGGCAACAUGACGUCCUGCUCAGUGCUCUGGCUCAACAAAGCCUUCCAGAAUGUAGAAUCGGAGAACGUCAACGUGGUCAAGCGGCUUUUUAAGAUCCAGAACAUGAACGCCAGCACCAUUCGCACGGUGAUGGUGGCCCACUGCCGUCGACACGACAGCCCCGACCUGCUGCUGGACUACGAGGCUCAGUCUCAGGCCAGGAGGGAGAGAGGAGAGCAGCAGCACCCCCACCAACCGCUUUUAUUCGACCUGGGAACGUCCGAAAGCGACGAGGAGGAAGAGGACGAGGAAGAGCGUCGGCGGGAAACGGGGAGUCACGGCUUGUCAUGCGGGCGCCUUGCUCAGCCCACCAUCUCAGGCCUGGAGCAUGUCUUUCAUGUAAGCUCUGCGAGUCGCAAAAAUGUCGGGUCCAGGGAGCUACAGAUUGAGGCCCAUGUGGCUCAGAUGAUGGGCAGAGCCUACACCAAGGCCCCCGACUCCAACCUUAUCGAGCCCACUGAGUCCGAGGAGGGAGAGGACAAAACGUACUUACUCUUCACCACCGGCAGCCUUACAUACUCCCCUCACCAGAUAGGCAUCAAACGGAUCAAACCGGACCAGAUGACCACGUCUGGUCCCGUGCUCGGAGAAGAGCGGAGCUCCGAGGAGUUUUUUGAUUCACUGGACCACGUUAUCGAUAUCCACGGCCAUAUUAUUGGCAUGGGCCUUUCUCCAGACCACAGGUAUCUGUACGUGAACAGCCGAGCUUGGCCAGCGGGGUGCGUGAUCUCGGACCCCAUGUCUCCGCCCCCCAUCGCCGAGGAGAUCGACAUGCACGUCAUCGACCUGAAGACGUUAAGAGAGGAGAGGAGGAGUCUGCGCGCACACCGGGCCUUCACCCCCAACGACGAGUGUUUCUUCAUCUUCCUGGACGUCAGCAGAGACUUCGUGGCGAGCGGAGCAGAGGACAAGCAUGGCUACAUCUGGGACCGUCACUACAACAUCUGCCUGGCACGUCUGGCCCACGACGACGUGGUGAACUCGGUGGCGUUCAGCCCCGCCGACCAGGAGCUGCUCCUGUCCGCCAGCGACGACUCCACCGUCAAGGUGUGGCGUUCGCCGCGCAUGGUCCGCCUCGCGCAGGCCUCCAGCUGCCAGCCGAGGCCCCGCGGCCUCCUGAGCUCCUGGCUGAUGCGCAGCAGCAAGAACUCCGCGUUAGCCGGCAGUGUGAACGGGAAGCCCUGAGGCACCUUCAGGUGGGAGGAACGUUCCAUCCCUUUUUUUUUUCCUUCCUCGGUGGUGUGAAUGUUUACACACUCCACGUGUAAUACGGUGCGUUUAGCAGAGACCGGGCGUCGCAGCCGGCAGAUGCAAGUCAAACACAAGGGGGCGACAUUGCACCAACAAAGAGGAGAAAUGACAGCGAACACUCAUGCUGCUGAACAGAAAGAUACACAAAAUGAUCACUUGUAAAGGUAGUAGAGCUAAAAGAUGUCCAAAGCGUUCUCGAGGAGACCUUUUCUUUUUUUUUUUUUUCCUUUUAAAUGAACGGAGCAGAUUCUGGACUCCUGGACUUGAGAUCUAAAUGUUUGUUGGAGUACUUCUGAUCGUGUUUGCAUGUCUUCUCAUCUGGGCUCAAGUGCAGUGACUGGUUUCAUUUUCUUCUUCACAUAAAUCUCUUACUUUGUGUCCUCAGUCUACACCUGUCAUCACGCGUGUCUUCAGAGUUUUAUAAAAAACAGUUUAAAAAACGAAGGGGAAAAACACAAAGCUUUAUUUAACGUAGUUUUCCUCAGUUUUAUUCACGUCAGAUAAAAAACAACCCAUUUUUUUGUAUUGUGUAAAAUAAAAACUCAAUUUAAUACAAAAGAAACGUGACUCUUAAACAAAAAGUGUGCAAAUGGAUCUAUAAUGUUACAUUUAUUUUAAAAAAAACCCUGUUUAUUUUCGGCAACUUUUUAAAAAUUUGGUCAAAUCGUGUCUCUUUAGGAGGAACUUUUGUUUUGUUUAAAAAUAUAAAUUUUCGUCUUCAUUCCCAUAUUUUGUUCUCUUUAUAAAUGUUCACGUUGGACAUUGUAAGAAUAUUUUUAUAAACCUGUAAUUGUAAAGACUUAUUAAAGAUUUACAUAAUGUUUUUAAGGUGGCACAGUUUGAAUCCUUAACCCCGGGAUUUUAAAAUAAAUUCAGCUUUAACAUCAUUAAAAACCUGCAGCUUAUUGGAUAUUUGAAGCGCAGUUUUGAUCAGAAGAAGUUUUAGAACAAUGUCAAACUAAUUGUACCAUAAGGGUUACUUAUGAGCAAUAAAUAAAAAUAAAGAAAAUAUUGGGUGAAACUUGAUAAACAUAAGUCACACAAAUGUCGCCCUUUAAUUUUAAUUGAAUCAUGCUGUAUUCCUUUAAAUCUUAUCAAAUUAAAGCUGUUUAACUCAUAAGUUUUUACUUUUUGGUGCCUCUGGAGAAACAAAACCCACAUUUUUAAAAUGAGUUCUGAUUUUGUUCAGUACUUUCUGACUCCCCCGUGUGGGUUUCCAGGUGUUUUACCUAAAAGUUCAGGUGGGCUCCCUGUAAACGGAGGAUGUGACUGAUUUUAAAACUCUGUUUGGUUUUUGCAUCUAUGUCAAGUUUUUACUGAAUAUGACUUGAGUACUGUCACAUCAGGAAAAGUCAGAUUUCAUAAUGAAUGUAACAAGUCAGGGACUUGGUCCCUUUUUGAGUCUUUUUUUUUUUUUACGCAUCUUUUACAAUAUUUUUUCUCUUUUUUCCUGUCUUUACAGUCAUGUUUCCUGCUGUCUACUGUUUUAUUUAAAGCUCCUCUUGAAUAAAAAGCAUGUGUCAGAAAGACA